UAUUUCUCUCAGCGCAUUGUCUAUUCUAUCUCAACAGACUACAUCUUAUCAUCAAUAACAAUGUCGCCUGUCGCCUCGCGCGCGCUUCCUGUGGAGUUGGUCAAUCUCCUAUCCCUUCACUCCUCCUUUCUCACGGCGCUUUCGCUACAUUACGCACACAAUGGCACCGCGACACCCGUUGACCUUCGAGAGUUAACGCAGUCUAUCUCAUCUGUCUGGAAGAAGCGCAAAGUCACCAUCGACGACGUUAGGCUUUGCCUCGGCGUCCUUGGCUCUGGUCCCUCUGGCAACAACACCCCAUUCUAUCUGUCCGACUACAGCGGCGGCAAGAUAUGUCUCGAACUUCAUGACGAACACAAGAUGGGGCCGGUUGGGACAAUGAACGAGGAUGCGCUGCAGGCCAUGUUCAUGGAGGGGUUGGAUCACCUCUGGAGAGCUUGGAAUGAAAUGCACGCUGCGCAGCAAAAGAUUAAAGCACGGCCAAUUGCGACACCGAAGCGGCGAGGACGACCUCGGAAAACCGACGUAGCACAAACGAGCAUCCAGCCCUUCCUCGAUGAAACCGCCAUUCCCAAAUUCCUUGCCCAGCUUCCGCACGCUGAAAUCACCCUUUGUCCGUCCCUCGCAGGUGUUGCUCCUCUCCGCGAAAAGGGCCGCAAGAGGCUGCGGGAGUUCAAAGAUAGCGCACAGCACGGUCGCUCACAGAAGAAAGUCAGAGAGACUACAGGCAAGGAGAACGAGCCGAUUCUGGCACAAGCCCACCCGGUGCAGGCCAAGAUGACCGAGUUCACUCAGGUCCGCAAGUCAAAUCUACUCGAUCGCAUCCUAGCGAAGCAGGCCCUCGCCGAAUCUCUUCCCAACCCACCAUCACCAGCGGAACUUCAGCGAAAGGCGGCACUUCAGCGAUCCGAGGACGUCUUGGCUGUGCUAUCGCUGCUGGUGGCGAGCAGAGGUGGCGGUACGCGAGUGUCGUUCUCAAUGGCUGCAUUGUUGCAAUCACUCCAAGGCUCGAUCCGAACUCCGCUUUCAAAAGAGGAAGUAAUGAAGUGUGUCGAAGUGCUGGCGACUGAGGUUACGCCGGGGUAUGUUUCUAUUGUUCGAAUGGGCGCAAUUUCUAGUGUUGUUAUUAAUCAAGCUAUGAGGCCUAUGGAUGUGAAGAGCAGGCUGCUCGCUCUUGGCGUUGGAUGCUAAGGGAAUGUAUAAGGAUAGUGCAG